AACGUUCGGUCUGCUGAAGAGCACACGCCGUGAUUGUUGGCCGAGGACCGAAGCUCGCAGCAUAGCAGCAGCACGACGCGACCAACGGGGCCAGAUCCCGCACGCUGCGAAUCGCGCGAGCCGAGUUGCGUUUGAUCAUUCGACCAGAACGGUGCGCUGCGUAUACACCUUUGCGUGAGUGUUUACUGGUGCUGUGUUUGCCCUGCGUUCGCCCAAUUCGCGCUGGCUUGUACGCGGGCUAGCCGGGGGGGCUACUCGCUUACCAUCAUCCGGACGAGGACAUCACGGUCGUGCCCUCGGCUGGACGCCGUUGCAGUUGCAUACGCACCGUGCGUGCAAGUGUCGUGCUCAGGUGUGCGUGUGUUUGUGUGUGUGUGUGUCAGCCGCGCGUGAUGCUCGCAUAAUUACGCAUAAAUUUAUGCACGCCAGUGUUCGCGUGUGUCAUUGUUGCUGCUGCUGGCAGUGUGAAAAGUGAACAAGUAGCGAAUGACCAGUGACGACCAGUGUGUACCCAGUUUGUGUGUAUGUGUGCAAGUGCAUUCACAGUGUGUUAAGGUGUUGUGUUGUGCUAACGGCAGCAGUGGCGGUGAUUAAUUGCACUAUCCGCGUGCAUUCCCUUUGGCGAAAAAAGGAAACCACCGCCGCAAGCUCCCAAAUUUAGGGCCCACUUCCCCGUAAUAGGAAGCAGAAGAAACGUAAGAAAAUAUUCUCCUCUGUGCUAAGGAAGCUUGGGGAGAGAAGAGCUAGUGCACGCUAAUUGAUAUGUUUCCGUGCCGCGGUGUGUGGUAGUGCAGUGUGUGUGUCGUUUCCAGUGAACGAGAAGUGACGAGAGAGAGAUGCAGUCCCUGUGCGAUAUGGUGUUGAUAAUGGUGAAUGUUGAAAGCUCCAAUUUGCCACCGGAUCGGUGCUGAAGUGUACGGUGGCUUUGCGUGAGACGUGCGUGGGGUUUGGGAUUUUCUGGUUUUUUUCCUCUUUAAUGAACCAACGACUUCCGGUGGGCAGGGAAGACUUAAGAUUGGCGUGUUUUGGUGGAGGACACAUGCAAGCGACGACAAACGAGCCAAUCAGCGGUGGCGGUGUUUAAUUACAAGUGCUGAUUAUUUUAACGACAAACCUGCUAAUUCGACGGAAUCGGCACGUCUCUUCCCCGGGAACGGUUCCAAGGAGGGCCCUUCAAGUUCAGGGAUUUUCUGUGCUCCAGACGCUGACAGAAAGUUGCUGGGAAGAUGCUGCCGGAACUUCGGGUCCUGUGCGUGAAGGAUCGUCAACCAGUGCCAGUGCGUGCAUCAGUGUGUGCUAAUGUUGCAUCGAAGUGAAAGUGAGUGUGCACUACACGACACACACGCGAGAAAGGUACCUCCGAAUAGUGUAGUUUUCGGCGCCAGCACGCUUAUGUGGUCACCGUGACCAUCAGGUUCCCUUCUAUCCCUUACCCGUGUGUUCCCCUGUGUACCUGUGUGUGAGUGUCCGUCGUGUCCGUGUUGAGUGUGUCUGUGCCCGGUCCCGGCAAUGGCGAUACGAAUUAUUAACCACCAAACCGUGGUGAAGGGGCACGUGGUGCUGGUGCUGCUCGUGCUGCUGCUGUUUCAAACCUGUCGCCACCGGGCGUGCGGGCUCGCCCCGACCGGCCAGACGACCGGCCAGACGAAGAUCAUGCUAAAGGAGAGCCUGCUGAUACCGUCGAUGGACCCGGAGAAGGAGGCCAAGGCGAUGUACGAGAAGGCGCUGCAGCAGUACGGCAUCUACGGCAAGACGCUGAAGGAGAUCUGCAAGGCGUGGGUCUCCCGCGGGUGCCAGUGCACGGGAACCAAAGAGGAGGUGACGCUGGUGUGCCGCGGCAUCGGGCUCGAUGCCGUGCCGGCCGACCUGCCGACCGAGCUCGUCAAACUAGAUCUAAGUAACAACAACAUAACCAACCUACCAAAUAAGUCAUUCGACAUGCUGCCAAAUCUAGAGGAGCUAAUCCUUUCCCACAACAAGCUGGAUCACAUUAACAGUGAAGCGUUCUUCGGGCUGUCGAACCUGAAGAAGAUUGCACUGCAGGGCUGCGGUUUGGCGCGCGUCCCGAUGGAAGCACUGAGACGCAUCCGGACGGUAACCACGCUCUACCUAGACAACAACCUAAUCGCCGACAUGGAGAACGUUACCUUUCGGGGGUUUCACUUCCUGAAGAAUCUGAGACUGGAGGGCAAUCUGCUGCAGCGGGUACCGACGGACGCACUGAUCGGACUGAGAUCAUUAGAAGCUUUAAAUCUAGGUAAUAAUUUACUUACAAUAAUCAGAGAACGAGAUUUUCCAGUUUUGGAUAAUUUAUACAUGUUAAUAUUAAGAAGAAAUGAAAUAAGUGAAAUUACUUCCGGUGCUUUAACGAACCUAACACGACUCAAAGUUUUAGAUGUAGACGAUAAUAGCUUAAGCUCUAUGCCUGUUGGCCUCGAGAAUCUAAUGAUGCUGCAGGAAAUCUCGGCAUCGAACAAUCGCAUCCGAUGGGUAUCGAAGGGCGAUUUUCCGAAAAAUCUAGUCUCGCUGGAUCUAAAGUCCAACCCGCUGGCCGGUAUCAAACCCGGCGCGCUGCAAAACAUGCCACGGCUCCGAAAGCUCAUUCUUUCCGAUGUGCGCGGCCUCAAUGAACUACCUCCACUGGACGGCUGCACUUCGCUCGAGGUGCUGCGGCUGGACCGAGCCAACCUGUCCAAAAUACCUGAUCAUAUUUGUAAGACUUCACCCCGCUUGAGAAGCUUGGAUUUGAAAUCCAAUAUAUUGUUAAGCAUUCCAAAUGUAACAAACUGUCGUGAUUUAAGAUUGCUAGAUUUAGCCAGCAACAGGAUAAGCUCACUGCACGGUGCACCGUUCUCUAGUCUCGGUCAGCUGCACGAUCUGCUGCUCUCGAACAAUGAAAUCGAAUCUAUUCCGCACGACGCAUUCGUCGGACUGGUCCGGCUGCAAGUGCUAGACAUGGAAUCGAACCGUGUUUUCUUCAUCCAUGCGGAUGCAUUUCGGCCCCUUAAAAAGCUCGAAGACUUAAACCUAGGCAAUAAUCUCUUCCCGCAGCUACCGACGGCCGGGCUGGAACGGUUGCUCCAUCUGAAAACGUUCAACAAUCCACACCUGCGCGAGUUUCCACCGCCGGAAGCGUUCCCCCGCAUCCAGACGCUCGUCCUGUCGUACGCCUACCACUGCUGUUCCUUUCUGCCGCUCACCACGGCCCUACCGAAAGUUCCUAACACCUUCAACAUUCGCGAGAACGUGCUGUUCCCGACGGACAACGAGUUCGACAUGAGCCUGUGGAACAACAGCUACAACGAUAUCUGGCCGCAGCUGCAAAACCUAAGCAAGAAGUUCGGCACCCAAAUCAACGACCUGUUGAAUGCGUACGGUGCCGAGUACGGUAGCUAUCCCAGCGGUCACGUGCCCACCUUCCCGGACGAGUACUUCGAGGACGAGCUGGGCAUAACGCACGCCUCGCCCACCGCCCAACCAGGCUCGAUCCAGUGUCUGCCCGAGCCCGGCCCGUUCCUGCCCUGCCAGGACCUGUUCGACUGGUGGACCCUCCGGUGCGGUGUGUGGGUCGUGUUUCUGCUCGCCAUGCUCGGCAACGGGACGGUCGUGUUUGUGCUUAUCUUUUCCCGCUCGAAAAUGGACGUACCGCGCUUUCUGGUGUGCAAUCUGGCCGCCGCCGACUUCUUUAUGGGCAUCUAUCUGGGCUUCCUCGCCGUGGUGGACGCGUCCACGCUCGGCGAGUUCCGCAUGUACGCCAUCCCCUGGCAGAUGAGCGCCGGCUGCAAGCUGUCCGGCUUUCUGGCCGUGCUCAGCUCGGAGCUGUCCGUGUACACGCUGGCGGUAAUCACGCUCGAGCGCAACUACGCCAUCACGCACGCGAUGCACCUGAACAAGCGGCUGUCGCUGCGGCACGCGAGCUACAUCAUGACGGUCGGGUGGACGUUCGCCAUCACGAUGGCCGUCCUGCCGCUGCUCGGCGUGUCCGACUACCGCGUGUUCGCCGUGUGCCUGCCGUUCGAGAUCCAGAAGGGUACCGGCAGCCUGGCGUACGUCGUAUUUCUCAUGUUCAUCAACGGAGUGGCGUUCCUCAUCCUGAUGGGGUGCUAUCUCAAGAUGUACUGCGCAAUACGCGGCUCGCAGGCCUGGAACUCGAACGAUUCGCGCAUCGCCAAGCGCAUGGCGCUGCUCGUCUUUACCGACUUUAUCUGCUGGUCGCCGAUCGCGUUCUUCUCGCUGACGGCCGUCUUUGGGCUGCACCUGAUCUCGCUCGAGCAGGCGAAGGUGUUUACCGUGUUCAUACUGCCGCUCAACUCCUGCUGCAAUCCGUUUCUGUACGCGAUCCUUACCAAGCAGUUCAAGAAGGAUUGCGUGCUGAUCUGCAAAGCGAUCGAGGAGUCGCGGGUGACGCGUGGCAUUGGCCGGUGUCGGCAUAGUUCCAAUUUCAGCAAUCGGCACACGCCCGCCAACACAAACUCGCUGGUGGAAAGGUCGUCGAAGGAGCUGCCACCGCUGCUCCCCGGGCAAACGUGCAACUGCUCUGCCAAGCUGAUGGAGCAAGAGUCGGCCCGGCUGCGGUUCCACCAUCACCAGCAGCAGCAGCAGCAGCACCAUCUGCGGCAGGGCGUGUUCGGCCGUACCUGGCGCAGGCUGAUGCUGUGCAGCUGGGGCACUGCGGAUGAGCGGAAUCGGCGCGGCCGGGGCCGCAAUGGCGACCAGUACGCGUACCAGAUAGCGGAGAUUCAGCAGAAGCAGCACAAGCGGGCCGGUUCCGUGUCGUCCAGCGAGAACUUUAGCUCGUCGCGAUCGGACUCGUGGCGCAAUGCGCAGCAUCAUUGCGGCAUUCCGCUGCGUCUGCUCGAUCCACGCCGUCGCCACACGUCCUGGUUGAUAACGCGCAAAACGUCGCAGGAUUCGAACCUGUCCAGCUCGCGGAACGAUUCCUCUGGCUCGACGGCGACGCAGAGUACGGGCACGUGGCGUAUCUCACGCUCCAGUGGCAGCACUUCCGUGGUGUUGCCGGGUGUGCGUAUCGACGGUGUUGGUCAUCCUGUUUCUAGUACCGCCCGCCAGUCCAUCCCCGGUGGCAAACCGCGCCUCGUCCGCCAGUCGGCCGUGCAGGAGGACACGCACGAGCUGUCCUGCUCGCCGCCCCGGCUCGGCGUGCGCUUUCUGCCCACGAUCCCGUCCGCCGCGGACAGCAGCGUCCAGCUGGACGACGACACGGCCGAAGCGGCCAGUCCGACCUCAAGCCAAAGCGGCAACCAGCCGGCCCCCGCCCCGUUCUACGCCAUCCUGCACGGCAGUGGUCCUCAGGCAACCGUCUCUAGUCUUAAAGAUAAAACCAAACCCCCGUGAGUCGGGGAGGCGCUGCGGGACGACGACGAUGACGACGCUUCGCCCUCCAUCUCGGUGGUGGGGCGCGAGAUGGUGGGAACAACCGCAACCGAAGCGGCAAACACUGUCCGUGUCCUUGACGAUAGUCCAUACCUUUAAGUAUUACUUUUAAUUCCUCAGCGGCAUUAGUAUGUGUGUGUGUGCGUGUGUGUCUAGUGUGUAGUGUACCGUCAAACAAACACAGGAGAAAGAUCGGCGGGGACAAACUUUCUCCCAUCCCAGGGAGGAUUCGUUCCCUGCAGGAAUCAUGCUCGCGGAGGAACCAUUUUGUUUACCCUUCCUUUUCGCUCAUCAUCCACCUUUCUCGAUGUUGUCCUUCUUCGUCAUUCUAUCCGUCUGUUUGGGCCAGUGGAAGCGAAUGUAUUGAUGUGCGUGUAAGUGUGCAUGUUUGAAUGUUAUCUGAAGCGAUAUUGUACAUAGAACGAAUCGUUGCUAAGCUCUCUAGCAGCCGGAGCCAAUCAAAAAAGCCAGAGCCAUAUUAAAACGGAAUGGGGUAAAACAAACACCCCUUGGAUAGCGAAUUCUAGCGCGAUAUGUAGCGAUAAAAAGCAUACAGCAACAUUAAGCCGAACGAGUACAGAGUGUGAUAUUUAAAAAAAACGAUUUUAUACAAAACAACUAGCGGAAAUAUGUGCAUUAUGUUAGGUGGGUGGAGUGGGUAUGGCCGCCAGCCAGGACGGUUUUGGGGAGGGACAACUAGAAACGAACUGUGAGCGAGGCAAAUUUUUACAGGAAAACUAGGAAACGGGAUUGAAGUAGGGUGUCCGUUGUGUUGAUGAUGAAGUGAUGGUAGGUCACGUACGCGGACUAGACUGUUUGUGACUAUUUUGCCUGAAUUUUUAAGCAUGAGAUGAGUUAAAAAACAACAUCCAUUAGCAAGAUUAUUCGAAAUUUCCAAAAACCAUACAAUCUUUCAUCGAUUUACGUACCACAAAUUCCGACCACGUAUUGUACGCGACGUUAAUUUAUGCCACAGAACUGCUGCUCAAGGUAUGCAAUUUGUUUGGAAAAUACCUUGCAUACAUUCUGGCGCUUCAUCGUGUUGCACGCAGCUACAACUGGAAGUUGUGUGCAACAUCUCACGGCAAAGCAUUGCGUACAACAUUGAAUUUUCAAAAUCGGUUGCUUGUACUAUCCCCCACCAGUAGCGCUAGUAUCGCGUUGAAGAUAGUUUCAUUUUAGAUAGUUUUCGAUAAACACGAAUAUUUUUGCUUUCUCCUUUUUUGAAUACAAAACUGAAUUGAGACACAGGAAUGAGCAAGACUUGAAAGGAUAAAUGAAAUAAAAAUAAAAAGUAGCAGCAUGUAAAUGGCAGGAAGCCGUCCAGAGACAAUAAGUAGCGAAAGAUGGGAAGGAAAGAUAAACAUGCAAAUGCACAUGAAGCACAAAACACACACAACAAAACAUCUAUUUUUAUGCCACUUCUAGCCAAGAUUUGAAGGAUACAAAUGCAUCAAAUGCUAUCGUGUACCGAUGUGUGUGUGUGUGCGUCUGUGGAAUGGUACAAAAGCGGUUACAAAAGAAGAUACAAAAUUUAAAUCAAUUGUAUAAAGCAUACCCGUUCACUGUUCUGCAAAUAAGAAAACAAAAACAAUGCAAAUUUAAAGAAAAAAACAAGUAUUAAUAAAAACCACAUAUGCAUACACAGUUUAGUGCGAUACAACAGACAAACGAUACUGCCAAACGCCAACAGGAAAAACAUACACAAACAUAAAUGUAAAUGUAAAUGGAAUUCUCACCAGUGGAGGAAUAGGAUCAAAAUUACUCACAACACUGCCACUUCUUACAACAAAAGGGUGCGGGAAGGACAAGUAUUCUUCUCGCGUACAGUUUACAGUAUUAAUGGAGAAGCAGAUAGGCAGGGUGGAGAAUUUUAAUUUUACUAACGAAGCAGCAACUCAAAACAAAAGGAACGACACACGAACGGCAGAUAUUACAAAGCUUGUAAUCCUACAAUCUAAUUCAAGGAGACACAUUAUGCGCUCGAAAGCACAAUCGAUUGAAAGGUGAGCUUUCGGUUUGCGAAAGCGUGGCUGCCUCGUCGGUCGGCGCUUCCCGGUGCUUACGAAAUUACUAUACAUAAAAAUAAAUAUAUUUAUUGUAAAGGCAGGCAGGACUGUACAGCUGCUCCUGGAGGAGUUUUUAUAAUGAUUCCACCAUUGCGAGGUGGGUUUGUGGGCUGAGGGAAUGGAUAACAGCAGCGCAAAACUGACACGAAAAGCGAAACAAAACUCCAACAGGGUGGGCUAAACAACGUGGCAGCAAGAGAGCAUGUAUAUUCGCCCCGCACCAACGGGUAAACAUGACUUGUAACCAACCAACCCAAUGUAAUGUAAUCGACUGCAUAAAUGCUCAGCCGCGAUGAACGCGGUCCGCGGGGCAGACAAAAUAAAGUGGAUAUUUAAAUCGUAA